AUGGCUUUUAUUGACCUUGGAGUAACUCCAGAAACAACAUAUUCUGUUGCUGGCAAGCAAAUCAAAUUCAACACGGCGGAGGACAUCGAACCUUACCUCAAGGAACUCAGCGAAUUGAAAAAUGUUCAAAAAGUUGACUUUUCGGGAAACACCAUUGGUAUUGAGGCUUCAAAAGCAUUGAGCGAAGCUCUUUUGGGAAGAGAUACCAUAAUUGAGAUUGAUUUCUCAGAUUUGUACACUGGAAGAUUAAACACCGAGAUCCCCCAAUCCUUAAAAUAUCUCCUCCCUGCAUUACUUAAAUUGCCUCAAUUGAAAGUAGUUAAUUUGAGUGACAAUGCAUUUGGUUUGCAAACUAUUGAUCCUAUCGACGAUUAUAUUGCAAAAGCUGUGUCCAUAGAGCAUUUAAUUUUGUCCAACAAUGGAAUGGGUCCGUUUGCGGGCUCAAGAAUCGGUGGCUCAUUAUUCAAAUUAGCCAAGGCAAAAGAAGCAAAAAAAUUACCAUCAUUAAAGACAUUCGUAUGUGGAAGAAACAGAUUGGAGAAUGGUUCAGUGAACCACUUGGCUGUUGGAUUGAGAAACCACAAGGACUUGGAAGUUGUUCGUUUAUACCAAAAUGGUAUCAGACCAGCAGGUAUCUCCAAGUUGAUUGAAAAAGGUUUAUCGCAAAACAAGAAAUUAAAAGUCUUGGAUUUACAAGAUAACACAAUAACUACAAAGGGUGCUAUCAAGUUAGCAGAGUCGAUAUCUAACUGGCCAGAGUUGGUCGAGUUGAAUUUGAACGACUCACUUUUGAAAAAUAAAGGUUCAUUGGAAGUCGUCAAGGCCAUUUCAAAAGGCGAUAAGAAAGAAUACUUAACAACAUUGAAAUUGCAAUACAAUGAGUUGGAAGUAGAUAGUUUGGAAGUAUUGGCCGAAGCUAUCGGCUCUCAUUUGCCCAAUUUGAAAUACCUUGAAUUGAAUGGAAACAGGUUUGAAGAAGACUCGGAGCACAUUACCAAGAUUAAUUAUAUCUUUGAAGAAAGAGGUCAUGGUGAGUUGGACGAGUUGGAUGAGUUGGAAGAACUCGAUAGUGAAGAAGAAGAAGAUGAUGAUGAGGAUGAGGAAGACGAGGAAGAUGCUCUUGAAGAAGAUUUGGACUUGGAACAAUUGGAGGAAGACCUCUCUGGGGUAUCCGUUGAAGACAAAGAUAAGAAUGUUGAUGAAAUUGCUACUGAAUUGUCAAAAACCCACAUUGAAUAG